AUGUGGCGAGCGACGAGGCGGUGUCCGCCGCUGCUGCAGUGGCUCUCGUCGGACGCAGCCGUCUCCAAGGCGCCGCGGCAGCGGGUGGCGGCGCUGUGGGGGAACGGGGACUACGGGCGGCUGGGGCUGGGCGCGCUGGAGUCGCGGUGGAGCCCCACGGUCUGCCCCUUCUUCCUCGCCCGCGCCGCCGACCCGCUCGCUUCCCUCGCCUGUGGCGGCGCACACACCCUCUUUCUGACCCAGAGUGGGCAGGUGUUUGCUACAGGGCUGAACGACUUUGGGCAGCUCGGGAUAGGAUCCUCUGUUACACAUACACUGGAGCCUGUUGAAGUUUCUGGAUUUCACGAGAGAGUUGUAGAAGUUUCAGCUGGCAACCAUCAUUCUUGUGCAGUUACCGCGGAUGGUAAGCUCUUUGUUUGGGGCAGAAACUCAGGUGGCCAGCUUGGCCUUGGUAAAGUUGUAUUUGAAUAUUUCUACCUUCAAGAGUCUGAAUCUCUGCUAUCAUUUACUUCUCAAGAGAAAGGUGAAGUCUUGAGUUGGGGAGCUGCUGGUUCUGGUAGGCUCGGGCAUGGCCGUCAAUCUAGCAUCCUGGGAUUUUCUCUGACCUCAAGUGAAUAUACUCCAAGAUUGAUCAAAAACUUUGAUGGUAUCAAGAUUAAAAAGAUAGCUGCAGGAAUGUUGCACUCAGCUUGCAUUGAUGAAAAAGGUACUUUGUUCAUAUUUGGGCAGAAGACUGAGAAGGUGGGAUUUGGAAGAUCAAACGAAGCAUUCAGACCAAAUAUUGUUGAAGAGAUACCAUUUUCAGAAGAAGUUGCUUGUGGAGGUUAUCAUACUUGUGUUGUAACAGAUAGCGGUGAUCUGUAUUCUUGGGGUUCAAAUGAAAAUGGCUGCCUUGGUCUGGGAGGUACAGAUAUGGUUCGCUCUCCAGAAAUUUUGAAAAGCUCGCUAUUUAAACUUCCUGUAUCUAAGGUAUCUUGUGGUUGGAAGCACACAGCUGUAAUUUCAGGUGAUGACAUUUACACAUGGGGUUGGGGAGGCGCCAAUGGAACUUUUUUCAAGAGGGCAUUCUUCCGGUGGACAGCUAGUGAGUUGCUUUCUGCCACUACAAUUGUUUCUACUUGA